UAAGGCUGCCACCGUCAGCGGCCGUCGAUUGAUUGCUCUUUGUUUUAGCUGUAAUACCAUUUGCCUGGACUCAGAGAUGUAGGAUGUGGCAGAAAAGAUUUAAAGAAUCAUAUUCAGCAACAUGGUCUACCGCGGAAGGCCUUCCAAAUCAUGUCGUGAUUGUCGACGGCGUGAUAUCAAAUGCGACAAGAAGACAGAGGGCUGCUCUCAAUGCUCGCGCGCUGGCCUCGUAUGCCCUGGAUAUCGAAAUCCCAAAGAACUGAUUAUUUUCAACGAAUCUGAUGCUACCAUCGAACGAGUAUCGGGUCGACGGCCAGUUCCAAUUUCGAGUUCUCCCAACCCGCUAUCAACAAGGCUGUUGCCAACGGUUAUGCAGCGGGCAAAAGGCCUCUAUGUCUCGCAAUACGUCAGGGAACUACCCGCCACAAGUAUCUUCUCCUUCAUGCAAAUUUUCUAUCCCCCAAUCGUCCAUCCAAUUCCGCUUCUAGAGACGGUAACGCGUGCAAUCUUUAUGGCAAACUUCUCCUUCUCACACGGGUGCCAUGUCGCCCUCUACCAGGCUCGAGCCAUGUACGGAUCAGCCCUGAAGAUGACCCGGAAGGCGAUCCAGCUGCCGGAAGAGGCUAUGCUGGACAGGACUGUGUUUGCUGUAAUCUUGAUGUGCGUUUUCGAACGACUCGCAAAUUUCGGAAAUGAUGCCCUGGUCAAUCCUCACAGCCAUUUGAGUGGCGCAUGUGAAUUGAUGUCAUUGAGGGGCAACACGCAGUUUGCCAACAGGCAUAGUCCUAUCAUGCUCUUGCAUCUGACUGAGAUUGUGGUGCUUGACUGUCUCGCAAGGGAGGUUGACGCGCCGCUGCAAUUUCUGGCUCUGAGACGCAUGGCUGCCGAAAACGGCGUGGAUACAUCCGCCUUGAAAUGGAGAUUCUGGGACAUUAUGCUGCGCUACGUGCAGCUGGAGAGCUCCUUGAGGUUGGGUCUUUGCUCAGAAGCUAUGCUUCGUGCAAACCAACUCGAUGCUGAACUCGAAGAUCUGGCAUGUGGGUUGCCAUCUUUCGUCUCGAGAAGGAAGAGCCCAGCGCCUUUAAAUCAUUCUUCUAUUGGUCCUGUUAUCUACCCCGACAGCCUGUCCCUGAUGCGGUGGAACAAUAUCCGCGUGGUUCGUCUCAUAUUAGCUAAGAUCAUACGGGAGCAGUUCGCCCAGAUAAUAUCGUCGUCAUCCGAUCAUGCUUCGACUGCCCACUGGCUGUGCGAGUCAAAUCGGAGAGCCGUCGAUCUCGCCGCCGACAUA